AUGACAGUGUUCAUCGCCUGCUACAACCUGUUCUUCACCGCACUACCUGUGUUGGCAAUGGGGGCGCUCGAUCAGGACGUCGAUGAUGCGUACAGCUUACGAUAUCCAAAGCUUUAUUUGCCGGGUCAAUUCAAUCUUUUCUUCAACAUGAGAAUCUUCAUCUAUUCUGUUCUCCAUGGCAUGUUUAGCUCGUUGGUGAUCUUCUUCAUUCCGUACGGAGCGCUCCUGAGUAGCGCUGCUUACAACGGGAAGGACCUGGACGACUACUCGACGCUGGCGUUCACCACUUUUACAGCGCUGAUCGUCGUCGUCACUGGACAGAUCGCGUUUGACACCACCUACUGGACCGCGAUCAGUCACUUCGUCAUCUGGGGAUCGCUCAUCUUUUACUUCCUGCUCGCCUUUCUCAUCUAUGAAGGUCUUCCCGUAACGUUGCUCGCCAAGACUUCAUCUACCGUCUCUUACGGUGUUGCCUUCAAGACAAUGGCCACUCCUCAAUUCUGGUUCUCCAUACUCAUGGUGACGGUGAUUCUUCUGCUACCGGUGAUGUUGAACCGAUUCUUCUGGUUCGACACACAUCCGUCAUUCGCAGAUCGAUUGCGUGUGCGAAAGAAGCUCGGCAAGAAGUUCCCCCAGCCCAAAGAAGAGGAGGAGAAGCCGGCGUUCAAGAGAUCCGCUGCGACGCGUCGCAGCGUACGCGGUUCGUUGCGAUCCGGCUACGCGUUCUCGCAUUCGCAAGGUUUUGGAGAUCUCAUCCUCAAGGGAAAACUCUUCAAAAACGUCGAGCAAAUGCGCACCAAAAACAAUGGAGGACGUUCGCCACGACCUGUCCUUGCUACUGUCAACGGUACACCGGCUAUGCUCACUCCAGUGCCAUCACAACCUGAGGUGUCGCCCAGUUCGGCCGGAUUGCCUGUGAUGACUUUGCCGCCUCAACCAGCGGUGGCGGUCACCUUCCUGCCCCAUACGUUGACCGUCAACGAUGACGAAUGGUCACUGGGCGGAGACGUCAACAACUUCCGAGGAACAGUUAUCCGUGGAGACGACGACUCCUCGGACUCGUUCUCGAAGCGUCACCCAACAAACGAUUCUCAAGCACGUCGUGGCACUCCACGAAAGGAGACGCAGGUCGAAGAAGACACCGAUGUGAUUGUUGAGCGUUUCUGA